AACUGUAGACUAUCCUAUCUCAACACUAUCCCAUACAUUUCCACCCCACCGUUACCUCAGCAUGGCCACGCUUACUUUCUACAUCCUCCGCAAAUCUCUCUCUCUCACCACUGCCCACUGAUGCCUUCAGCUCCUCUAUAAACAGCCCCCUCAGUCAAUGUUGUGUGACCCCAGUACUCCUCCAUUUAUACUCUGAUUGGGUUCAUAAAACCUCCUCGACAAAGAUCUUUGUGAAUCCUGCCAUCCCGCAGACCUCCUUCUUGUCGUAAUUCUAUCCCUCCCCCAACUUUUCCCUCUCAAGCUCUAUCCUUCCCUGCCCAGCCUGGCACACGAUUAGUGGUCAGCCUCAUCUCUUCGCUGUGGACUGCCUCCCACCAUGUUCCCCUGAGCCUCCGAGGAGGGGGCUCAGGGGGCCUGAUGGCCUCCCGCCACCCAUGGCCCCACAGCCCCCGUGGGCCAGGGGAAGCAUCUCGAAAGCCUCAGUGCCGAGGAUGGGCAACCGCACGUGGGAGGGCUGCCACGUGGACUCCCUCGUGGACCACCUCUUCCCACCCUCCCUCUACAUCUUUGUCAUCGGCGUGGGACUGCCCACCAACUGUCUGGCCCUGUGGGCCGCCUACCGCCAGGUGCGGCAACACAAUGAGUUGGGUGUGUACUUGAUGAACCUCAGCAUCGCUGACCUGCUGUACAUCUGCACGCUGCCGCUGUGGGUGGAUUACUUCCUGCACCACGACAACUGGAUCCACGGCCCCAGCUCCUGCAAGCUCUUCGGGUUCAUCUUUUAUACCAACAUCUACAUCAGCAUCGCCUUCCUCUGCUGCAUCUCCGUGGACCGCUACCUGGCCGUGGCCCACCCACUGCGGUUCACCCGCCUGCGCCGCGUCAAGACAGCCGUGGCUGUGAGCUCCGUGGUCUGGGCCACGGAGCUGGGAGCCAACUCAGCGCCCCUGUUCCACGAUGAGCUCUUCCGCGACCGUUACAACCACACCUUCUGCUUUGAGAAGUUCCCCAUGGAGAGCUGGGUGGCCUGGAUGAACCUCUACCGGGUCUUCGUGGGCUUCCUGUUCCCGUGGGCCCUCAUGCUGCUCUCCUACCGUGGCAUCCUGCGGGCUGUGCGGGGCAGCGUGUCCACCGAGCGCCAGGAGAAGGCCAAGAUCAAGAGGCUGGCCCUCAGCCUCAUUGCCAUCGUGCUGGUCUGCUUUGCGCCCUACCAUGUGCUCCUGCUCUCCCGCAGCGCCGUCUACCUGCGCCACCCCUGGGACUGUGGCUUCGAGGAGCGUGUGUUCUCGGCGUACCACAGCUCACUGGCCUUCACCAGCCUCAACUGUGUGGCCGACCCCAUCCUCUACUGCCUCGUCAACGAGGGCGCCCGCAGUCACGUGGCCAAGGCCCUGCACAACCUGCUCCGCUUUCUGGCCAGUGACAAACCCCAGGAGAUGGCCAACGUCUCGCUCACCCUGGAGACCCCACUCACUUCCAAGAGGAACAGCGUGGCCAAGGCCAUGGCAGCCAGCUGGGUGGCCGCUCAGCCCUCCCAGAGGGACCAGGUGCAGCUGAAGAUGCUGCUGCCGGCACAGUGAACCCCGUGUUGUGCAGAGCCCCCACUCCUCCAUACUAACCCCACCCUCCCUUCCCUCCUGGUCCGGUGUAUGCAAAUUGUAUGCAAAUGAGGCUAUGCUAAUUUCCAUAAGCAUGUAAGAAAAUAGGAAAA